AUGUACAUGGACGAUUCAUUCUCCUUUGAGCUUGCUUCACAGCAGCUCUACUACCCCCCAUAUCAAUGCUCUUUCCCAUCGAAGCAAACAAGUUUGCUUCAAUUGUGGGACGAAAUUGGUUUGCCGCACAAGCGACUGAAGCAACUGUUCAGCUCACCACUCACCAUCAUAGGUUUUGACGUUGACCCUAAUGCUAUGUCAGCAACCCUCCCUGAUCACAAGAGGAAGGAACUUGUGAUGCAUUUGUGGAAUUUUGCUGGGAAGGGCUAUCAAUGGUCUCUCCAUGAAUUUCAGCAGCUUGCUGGCUGGUGUGAGUGGAGUUUUAAUGUGUUCCCCUUGCUCAAGCCUGGGCUGUCAGCUGUAUAUGAGAAAAUCUGUGGGAAGACACAGCUGCUUGCGCAUCUUCAUGGUAAUAAUGCCAUCAUUCAUGAACUUUGGUGGAUGCCGGACCAUGUGGAUCACUCGCCUGGGCUACUCUUCUACAAAUCUCUGGACUUCAGUCCACAAUCCCAUGAUGAUGUUGUUGCCUACACUGAUGCAUCAGGUGUUGGACUAGGUCUCUGGUUUCCUGAUGAGGACUUCACAUGCCAAUGUGCUCUCCCCAAAGAUGGCCCAAAUGACACCAUCUUUUUUACCGAAGCCUUGGUGGUCUGUUCAGCAAUUCAUGCCAUACAGCACAUGCCCAAGGUUCCCCUGAGGAUGCUUAUUUACACAGACAACACUAAUGUUGUUGCAACGUUCAACACACUACGUGCUCAUCCUCCCUAUAACACCAUCCUCAUGUCCACGGUUGACGUACUCAUAAAGCAUUGUGUUGACCUACAUGUUGAACACAUCAGUGGUAGUGAGAACAUUGUGGCUGAUGCACUGUCACAUUUCCAAAAUGAGCGGGUGUGA